UUUGUUUAUUAAAAAUUUUAUUUUAAUCAUUUUUAACUCAAAUAUCAUUAUUUUUCGUUGAUUUAAAAUAAAAUGUAAUGAAGAAAAGAAUUAAAAAACAAUUUUUGAGUUAAUAAUGAUAUUAUGACGUAAAAAAUCGGGGAAGUCCCAUUUUAUUUCGAAAUCAUUGAGUGAGGCGUGUCGUGGUGUAAAGGUUAUUUGAUAAUUUCGUUUUCUCCUCAGUUUUAUUUAUAUCUCACUGUUUAUUGUGAGUUUAAUGAGUUAGUUAACUAAGUUGGUGCGCCGCUAUUGUUUAAAAGUUUAUUUUUUAUAACCUCCAAAAAAUUUUUUUUAAUUACUUCAAGUUUAAUCGUAAUUAAACGUUUCAAUCGACGAGAAUUGAUUCAUUUAGUUGAAACGUCACCUUGGAGUCAACAAUUAUUAAUAAUUUAAGGCGAAUUCAUCGAAAUCAUGUCCAAGGAACCAGAUCUAUCUAAAUUAACAAUGGAAGAUGGUGUCGAACACGAAAUUUGUGGAAAUUGCAAAAAAGAAAUUCCUCACUUUAAUUAUGUGAUGCACACCGCUCAUUGUGCCAGGAACAUCACUUUAUGUCCCAUUUGUAAAGAACCAAUACCGAAAAAUCAAUUCGAGGAGCACAAAGGCUCGCAUAAAACCACAACAAAGCCGACAACGUCGAGGAAAAUCGAAGAAAAAGUCGAUUUUCCACGUCAACUAUCGAAAUCGCACCAAAACUCAGGGGCUACGCCGAAAAAAUUAGACGAAUUUAACUUAAAAGAUCCCGGGAGUAAAUUGAAAGUGCGCAGGGAGAAAGAAAAGGGUGAAAUGGUUAAGAAGGAGGAAAAUAAAUUUAGUAGGGAAGCUAAUUUUGAGUAUCAAGCACCCAAAAACGUGGCUAAUAAUCUCUUGGCUUGUCGAUAUUGUGAUUUGGAGCUUGUCAAGUUGGAUUUGGAGGACCACGAAAAUUAUUGCGGAAGUAGAACUGAUAAAUGCAACGUUUGUGGGGAAUUGGUCAUGUUUAAAUAUAAAAAGUUGCAUGAAGAAUCAAAUCAUGGAUUUUUAAAACUAAAUGAUGAACCAGGUCCAACAGCUAGUUGGGACUCGAGCACUCAAAGAAGUGAACAACGCCGUGAACAACCCCCUCCGAUUUACACCGUAAACAGCAUAGAUUUUUCCCCACUCUAUCGAUCCUACAGCAACGAUUACAACUUGCAAUCAGACGAGAAGAGGGAAAGUUACAAAGAUAUAUCAAGACGCCUCGAUUGUAAAACGGAAUACAUACGUAACUUGCUACACGACACUGCGAGCAUCACCGUUCCGUUACGUAGAAGCGGAACAGCUCCUCGAAAUCAUUUUAAUCACUCAAAAGGGCAAGCUCCACAACCGCCAACCUCAGCUCUUCGAAAACCAAAUCCACCAACCGAAUUAACCAUCCCGUGCGAAUUCUGCAACACUCCGAUCCCGCACGAAGAUUUAAUCCAACACGAAACUGGUUGUAGACCGGAUUUGGCACGAUUUAAUCCAAAGAGGCGAUCUCCAUCUCCGAGCGAUGAUGAUUAUUUUUAUAGGACCCAAGAUGAAACGCCGCAAUCGCCGGAAGUUGAAUUACCAUGCGAAUUUUGUUCGGAUAUGUUUCCGGCUUCUCAGUUAUUAAGACAUCAGUUGUCCUGUAAUUAAAAUUUGCAAAAAAAAAUGAAUAAAAAGCUUUUUUUGUGUUAUUUGAGGAAAAUGGAAAUGUUGAAAUCUCUUUAUUUUGAGUUUAUUGUAAGUUUCUAUUUAAAUAAAAAAAAUUUUGUUGAC